AAGCUGGUGGACCCCAGUACAGAAUCAGUAACAGAACCCCCACCUCAUGCCAUUUAUAAUGCUGAUAUCUGGCAGAGGGACCUUUAGGCCCCCCAUGUACCAGAGCCACCUCUGCAGCCCCUGGAUCAGUCUUCUCUGUAUAGACUGGAUAUGACCUAACACUACAUGUUCUCAGUUCUUCUUUCCAUAUUUGUAGAAGCUCAGAGAACGUACUUAUGUAUUCUGGCACUCCACAAACACAGAACUGUACAUAUGUGGUGCUGGAGCCUGGCGCACAUGGAUACAAGUCCUGUCCUGCCUCUGGACGUCUGGCUUUGACUCAGCUUUUAUUCGGGAGGAGAGGCUUGUGGAAUGUACAGAUUGAAAGAAAUCCAGAUGUGCUUAUUUGGCAGUGCUGAGAAGGAGGCUCCCACGCGAAGAAUACAAGAGCCUGAGAAGGGUCCUUCAUGGAGCAGCAAUGGGACAUCUGCCCGCUAACUACCCUUCUCCUCCCCAUCAUCUCAUUCCCCUGACAUGUCCAGCCUGGCAGACAAUCCUGCCCAUCAUGGGGGAUCCUGCAACGGCUGGCGGCUGCUUAUGAGAUUUCUGCUGCCUAAAAAAGUGCCCAGAACUUCAUGCUUUCUGCCACAUCACAGACGACUUUAACACGCAGCAAGACGGAUACAAUUUCAGCCCCUGGAGAUUUGAUAGCUGGUCGUGAAGUUUCUGGCAGAAGAUCUGUGUAAUCUGAGAAAUAUGAGAGGGUAAAUUAUAUAUCUGAUGACGGAAACAUCUAAUUGCUGAAAUAUAAAGAUGGUUUCAAGUGAUUCUUCAUGAUAUGAAAAACUAAUACAGUUCAAUGGUCGGACAACAAUGAAAGUAAGACUAAAGGGAGAUGUCUUUUGCACCUUAUUCCUGCUGAUUGCUCUCUGCACUUUACUUUAUACUUUGUUGAGACCAACACAAAAAAUCUAUCCAGCCAAGCCUAAGAAAUCAAAGGUUCCAUUGCAGACUGUAAAGCCAAAGACUUUUUUGGGAUCUGAGGAUAGCCUGAGUAAAGCCAAAAUACUUUCGGUUGAGUACAAUGCCCAGGCAACCAGUGAAGAGGAUAAGCCCACCACAUCUUCUGUGGUGACUGUGCCACCUUUUGACUUUCAACAGUAUCUUAGGAACAAAGAUUACCGAAACUUUACCCUACUGAUAAAUCAGCCAACCAAAUGUAACAAGCCAUCAGGUGAUUCCUUCCUUCUCAUUGCUGUGAAAUCCAUUGUGGAAGAUUUUGAUCGACGUGAAAGUGUCCGCAAGACUUGGGGAAGAGAAGCUCUCAUCAAUGGAGUAAGGGUACGAAGAGUUUUCCUUUUGGGGAUUCCUCGGAAUAAAACGUCAGUGUCUGUGUGGGAAUCCCUCUUGCAACAAGAAAGUCAUUACUACAAAGAUAUUUUACUAUGGGAUUUUCUUGAUACUUUCUUCAAUUUAACCUUGAAAGAGAUCCACUUCCUUAGCUGGGCAGAGGAGUAUUGUGGCAAUGUCAAAUUUAUAUUCAAGGGUGAUGCUGAUGUGUUUGUCAACGUAGAGAACCUUGUUAAUUUCCUGCAGGCUCAGGACCCCUCUGAAGACUUAUUUGUCGGGGACAUUAUAAACAAUGCUAAGCCAAUAAGAUCAAAGAAAAGCAAAUAUUACAUACCAGAGACAAUGUACGGGUUAGGAAUGUAUCCAGCAUAUGCUGGGGGAGGAGGAUUCUUAAUGUCAGGUGUCACAAUGAAAAAAUUGUCCAAGUCCUGCAAGGAAGUAGAACUUUUCCCUAUAGAUGAUGUGUUUCUGGGCAUGUGCUUGCAAAGGAUUAAUCUCACACCGAUGCUUCAUGCUGGGUUUAAAACAUUUGGUAUUGCAAAACCCUCAGCUGCUCCCAAUUUACAGACAUUUGAUCCCUGCUUCUAUCGGGAUUUAAUGGUGGUGCACAGCCUGAAGGCGGCAGAGAUAUGGUUGAUGUGGAAUCUUCUCCAUAGCCAACAACCACCAUGUUCUCAAAAGCAGAGGAUAAAGAAACUUUUCCACUGGAAGAGAAAGAAGGCAAAACUACCAAUCAAAGCAGUAACUAGCUGAAAGCAGCGUCUACGGAUAAAUAAAAUUAGGGUCCUCAUAAUUUUGAGAUCAACAAUAUGUUUUUGGGUCCUUCAUCUAAAGGAGUCUUAAUAUAAUGGCACAAAGACAAAAGGGUCCCAGAGUGAUGGCCCAAAGCCAAUUGGGGUCCAGGCUACAAGUUGAUUAAGAGAACCUAAGUGAAAAUUGAUAAGGACUUUACUAAAACAGGCUCAUGUAAUCACACGACUGCUCAACUGUAAUAAUUCUUUGACAUGGGACAGUUCUCAGGAACAAACUAUUUGUUCCUGAUAAUUGUGUUAUCUUUGAGCAGAAUGGAGCCCUGCAUUUACAUGCAGCAAUCAUCUGUACGGGAUUAUGCAGCUACAUUGUUUGCAGGCAGCAGGGCGAUGUGCUGCCUACAAACGAUGAUUUUGGGUGCCAGCCAAAAGAUACAAUCACACAAUUUACUCAUGCAUUGGCUGAUCAGGGUACCUUAACAAGGGACAAUUAUCGAGAACAAGUGUUUCUACAGUGCUCAUCCCUGAUGAUGAUCCACCUAUGUAAAUGGACCUUAAGGUUGCCAUUACAUGUUCAUGGCCAAGAAGCGGGUACCACUAGUAGCUGUGCUUCAUCUGUACUUGCCGUAGUUUCAAAUUACAGCCAAGCAAUUGGUCGUAACACCAGUAUAAUACAACCCUGCUGAACGUGUAAUAGCAUCCUAAGGCUAGGGUUACACCUAGACCUUUCAGACCUCAGUACAAAAAAAAAAAGUGGUAUAUGACUAUAGAAAUGCACUGUGUAGCUUGAAAAGUUCUUCAAAAUUGCUCUGGCCAA